UAAAAACAGAUUCAGCCCUCCCUUAUAUCUUCUGUUCUCUACCUUCCACACAGGCCUUGGCCAUGCCUCCCCUUCCUGUCCCCUUCUUCCUGACACUGCUACAGCUUGUAGUUCUUACUUAUGUGAGUGGUGGGGCAUACUAUGGACACAAGCAACAUCCUCAGCCAUACCAGCCAAUGCAGCACCUCCAACACAUGGGCAUGGGCAAGGAAGGCUUUCCCCAACAACAGUACCUUGGAAAGGAGGUGCCCUAUAUGCAAUAUCCCCAUUACAGGAAAGAGCUUCCCCAGAUGCCAAUGCACAAGGGCAAAGAAACUGCUCGUAAAGGGGGAAGUUAUAAUGGUGGCCAAGACAAAGGUCAGACUAUCCCUAGUGGUGCUGAGGGAGUUCCACAAGGAGAGCCAGGACCAGCUGGGCCACCAGGGCCAGAGGGACCUCCAGGACCUCCUGGACCUCCAGGUAAUGGACAGCCAGGAGAUGCAGGGCAACCUGGGCCUUCAGGUCCACCAGGAGUGCCUGGAGUGGGUAAGCCAGGUUCGCCAGGACUGCCAGGCAAGCCAGGAAGAAAUGGUGAUGCGGGUCCACAAGGAGAAAUGGGCCCUAGGGGUGGAGAAGGGCCAACUGGACAGCCAGGGCCUCAGGGUCCACCAGGACCACCUGGGCUACCAGGAAUAGGUAAACCAGGGGUACAGGGAUUACCAGGCCAACCAGGGCCCAAAGGAGAGCCAGGUCACAAAGGUUUGCCAGGACUUCCUGGAUUACCAGGACCCAAAGGAGACAAGGGGAUGGGGCACCCAGGACAACCUGGUCACAAAGGGCUCCCAGGGCUCCCAGGACCUGCUGGCCCAAGAGGGCUACCUGGGUUUGGAAAACCUGGAUUAAAUGGAGCACCAGGGCCACAAGGACCACCGGGAGAUAAAGGACAUCCUGGAGAGCAAGGACCAGCUGGGUCACCUGGUGAAGGAGGGCAACCUGGCCCUCCAGGUCUACCCGGUCAAGGAAAGCCUGGUCAAAAUGGCCUGCCAGGGCAGCCAGGCAUGCCUGGUGGAAAAGGUCAUCCAGGACCACCAGGUUUGCCAGGAAAACCAGGACUGCCUGGAUUUGGUAAACCAGGACUCCCUGGACCAAAGGGUGAUAAAGGAAUGGGUGGACCACCUGGACCUUCAGGACCAAAAGGAGAUAAGGGCCAUGCAGGGCUACCUGGCAUGCUUGGACCCCCUGGAACAAAUGGCCCACCGGGUCCUCCAGGCCCUAUGGGACCACCAGGAGGUAUAGGUGCACCUGGUCCUAAAGGAGACUGUGGAGAAGGAGGACCUAAAGGGCUUGAUGGAUCCCAGGGUGAGCCUGGUCCUUCUGGUAUGCCCGGUAAGGAUGGUCUACCUGGAGAGCGUGGAGAGCCAGGACCAAGAGGUCCACCAGGACCAAGUGGUGCCAAAGGAGAUGGUGGGCACAAAGGUCUACCUGGUCCACCAGGUCCUCCAGGACAACUUGGCCCAAAAGGACAAGGUGGAUUACCUGGUGAAGUAGGACCUCAAGGUCCUAAAGGAAUCCCUGGUAUGGAUGGUGCUGCAGGACCAAUCGGGCCAUCUGGUCUUCCGGGGCCCAAAGGAGAUACUGGUCUGCCUGGUCCACCAGGAAUUCCAAGUGAGGGAAUUCCUGGUCUUGCUGGACCCAUAGGACCACCAGGGAAAGAUGGCCCAUCAGGACCCCCUGGACCACCAGGUCAGCCUGGCCCUCCUGGACCACCAGGCCCACCAGGAGAAACUGGUCUGUCUCCUGACAUGGCUGGAGUGCUCUCUCAGAUGGGCCCUGGACUAGAUGGUGUUAAAGCUGGUAGUUAUGGUAAGAAGGGCAAAUAUGGAGGCAAUGGGGCAGAGGUAAUGGGUGCCAGUGGAUUGGAAAUGCCAGCAUUCACAGCUGUAGCAACAACUCCCUUUCCACCUGUGGGCACUCCCGUCAUCUUUGACAAGCUCUUGUACAAUGGCCGUCAAAACUACAACCCCGAAACAGGAAUUUUCACUUGUGACAUUCCUGGCAUUUAUUAUUUUGCCUACCACAUUCAUUGCAAAGGAGCUAAUGUGUGGGUGGCUAUGAUGAGGAACAAUGAGCCAGUGAUGUAUACAUAUGAUGAAUACAAAAAAGGUUACCUCGAUCAAGCAUCAGGGAGUGCAGUAUUACCUCUACAACCUGGAGACACUGUGUAUAUUCAGCUGCCCUCAGACCAGGCGGCAGGACUUUAUGCUGGGCAGUAUGUGCACUCCUCCUUUUCAGGGUAUUUAUUAUAUCCAAUGUAAAAUUGCAAACUCCUGGGAGAGUGAGGCUUCAGUGAGAACAAAGUGGGAGCAUAUUUUUGUAUUAUAUAAAACAUGGUUAGAAACCACAUUAUACUGAGCAGUAUUAAUGUAAAGUCAACUAUUCAUCUUGUCAGCAGAGAUAGGAGGACAAGAUAAAAUAUCGUAAAGAAAAUCUGAAAUAUGACAGUCUGUAUAUACAGCAGCUUUAUACUGUUUAGCCUUAUAGCCAUGUAACUGGGGGAGCAAAAGUGUUUUCCUUUACAGUUUUGAAGAUAUAAAAGAACAUAUAAUGCCUGAGAUGUAUUUUCACAUAGAAGAGUGCCAAAAAUCCAUAGAAGUCCAAUUUGUUAUUAGGUACAAUCUAUCAGUGAACAGUACAGACAUGUGAAGUGUAUGCAAAAGAAGAAAAACAAUCAUUUUGGUUGCAUUGUUUCAACAGUGUCAAUUUUGUCUGCACCUCUUCAGAACUGGCAGCUACCCCAUGUGGUAAAGAAUGUGAACUACAGUAGAAGGCAUGACAACAUAUUAAUUUUGCAAGGAAAUUUAUUUUUGCAUGCAUUCCUUUGUAUAAUAUAGGCUUUGUCUUUCUUAUGAUAGUGGCAAGCAAGUAAAAUGAUCUCUUGAGAAUGACAACAUAAGGUUUGCAUUACAGCAGUUUUGUACAUGUUUUAGAGGUUAAAACAAUACAUGUUGUGUUUGAAUUUGAAUUUGACUGGAAUUUUCAAAGCACAUUGUAGGAGCAACUUAAAUGUCUGUGAAAGCUGUACAUAUACUAAGCAAUACUGGUAUUGGUAAACAAUUAAUAGCAAUAAAUGUGCUCACUUAUUGGAGCAAGAAAUAAAUAUUUAAAUAGAAUUGAAUCAAAAUUAAAAAAUAACACACAUGAUAUAUGUUGGUGACUGACAAAUACCAAAUUCUCCUAUGAAUGAGAUGAAACAAUAAGAAUGUAAUAUGAAUUUUAAGUUUUAAUGUUCGCAUGCAGAUUUAUCGGUGUAGUGCUGUAAAGAAACAUUUUAUUGUGUUUAGGGCAAUGUGGUGUGUGGAUAUUCGUGAGGUUAAACACCCACACAUCAUACUGCAUUGAACAAUGAAAACCACUCAUACAUCACAAUGUACAUUAAAGUCCACACUACACAGCAUUUCUAUAACCAUAAUUGUACCAAAACAGUAAAUAUAUAGGUAUAAACAACACAGGUAAAUAUCAGAAAGCCCAGACCUUACCAAUCAGUACAUGCAGAUGUAGAGUUGUAACUGCAAUAUGAUACUCAGCACGGAUUAAGCAGUACUCCAGACAAACUUGCCGCUAAAGAAAAGUCACAUCAAUCUCUAAAAUGUAAUCUUACUUCAUUUUAAUUUAAAAUUCAGCCAGUUAUAUUCUGUACUUGUUUUAUAAGUCUAAUCCUUUUUUAGUAGGAAUGGCAGUAAAAAUAUGGAUAAGUUGGUGUUAUAUUUGUAAAACAAAUUAUGGAAUGUUGGUUUAAUACAAAACACUUUAACAAUAGAACGUACUUGUUAUUCAGUCAUUCUGGGAUAAUUUGUUUAGAAGUUAAAAAACCAAAUUAAGUUCCACAGCAACCUUAGUGAACUACAUUCAGUAUGUCUUGUUACCAGGUUUAUGGGAAAUACAAAAUAAAUGUGUAUUGUAUUGAAUGUUGCAGCAAUUCAUCACAACAGUUAUGUCAGUAAUUUAUUAUUUUAUCUGUUGAUCUUUCACAUGCAAUAACAAGGACAUUGCAGUCCUUAAGGGAAAAUAAAUGUGUAUUUCUUUUUUAACCGUGGUGCUAAUGUCAUUGUAACCGAAGAUUUUAUGUCUUAAUGUUUCACGUUUGUUAUUAUUGUCCAUGUUGUUUUUUCUAAAUAAAAAUUGUUUAAUUAAAGCUUCUGUUUACAUCAAUAUCUCUAAGCUCACGAAAAGUCGAU